AGGACACAGGCGUGAACUAGACGGCCCCAACUUGGGAUGGAGAACGGUGUGCAAAUAUGGGUGUAGACAACAUCACAGUAGGAAAACUGUGUUGAUGGCUCCUCAGAGGAGGGUAAUGAACCUCUGCAGAGAAGUGAGAGGCCACAGGUAUUGUGAGGAAGGUGUGUGGUGGGUGAUGGUGAGAGAGGGGUAGAAGGGCUAGGAAAGCUGUGUUUGUCUUGAGAGGUAAGGGGGCCAUGGAGAGGACCACCGGGUAGUAAUAAUAUAGUGGACGCUGGUUACCACCCAAAUCCACCCUUCAGGACAACACCACUUGUUCCCCUAGCUGUCAGGAGUGUAGGUUGCUGAGGUGUCACAGCUGAGUCUCUCCCUCACAGUUAGGGCACAAAGGCCUGGUAAACUUGCCUGAACAUGGACCACCUUGGAAGGCCCACCCCAGUUUCAGUGGAUGGUCUGAGGCCUCUAUUAUAACUGCAUCACAGUUUAAUUCCCCCUUCUGCCCAAUUUUGCAUGUCUUACUCCCUUACAAGGAUGGAUCCUCAUUAAACUUCCCUGUAGGCAGAUCCCUGUCUCAAAGUCGGCCUCCCAGAGAUCUUGACCUAAAAUAAAUUAUAAUAAAUAAUGAUGGUAUCAAACAUAACAACGUGGUACUAGCCAACACAUAAUCCUUCCUACCUUCCAGGAACUGCUCUCAGUCCUUUACAUAUAUGUACACCUAGGUAAGCAUGUUUGCCUUGGUGGGAAAAUUGUUAUGACUCCCUGGUCUCUGAGCACUGCAGUGUUGAGACAAGAGAAAGAUGAGGCUGGGAUCAGGGAAGGGGAAUGGGAAUGGAGACAAGUGGGCAAGCUCGAUGUAGUUAGUGCUUGCUGUUUGACAGGAAGUGAGGGACAGGAAUAGGGUCAGUAAACCCAAGACACUGGGACAGCUUCUAGGAGCAGGUUUGGGGAAACACAUUGGGUUCAUCAGGCAGCGUGGUCUCCUCUUCUGAAAUGGGGACAGGUUGGCCAGCCAAGAAGGUUCUGGUGGCUCUCCCCUCUCUACUGCCGGGGCUGCCCACCGACUUCCUCCACCUCUCCCUGCACCCUGCCCUGUCUCCCGGGAUCCACGGAUUGUUUUCGUCCUCUUCGGCGGUUGGACAUUUGCUGAUGGUCCCCGAAGUUUUGCUGCCGUGUCCGCAGAGAGGAAUUGCGCCGGGUUCCCUGGGAGGGCGCGGAGCGGAAGCGGAAACAGCGACGCUGGCGCCGGCGGCCGGGUGGCCAGGAACGGAAGCGGAAGUGGCGGCGGCGCCGGCCUGGCCUGGCCUGGCUGAGGGGAGGCGGCGGGCAGGAGCGAUGGCGGAGGCCGGGCCACAGGCGCCGCCGCCCCCGGGCACCCCAAGCCGGCACGAGAAGAGCUUGGGACUUCUCACCACCAAGUUCGUGUCGCUUCUGCAGGAGGCCAAGGACGGCGUGCUUGACCUCAAGCUGGCAGCUGACACCCUUGCUGUGCGUCAGAAGCGGCGGAUUUACGACAUUACCAACGUGCUGGAAGGUAUCGGGCUGAUCGAGAAAAAAUCCAAGAAUAGCAUCCAGUGGAAGGGUGUGGGGCCUGGCUGCAAUACCCGGGAGAUUGCGGACAAGCUGAUUGAGCUCAAGGCUGAGAUCGAGUUGCUGCAGCAGCGGGAGCAAGAACUGGACAAGCACAAGGUGUGGGUGCAGCAGAGCAUCCGGAAUGUCACAGAGGACGUGCAGAACAGCUGCUUGGCCUACGUGACUCAUGAGGACAUCUGCAGAUGCUUUGCUGGAGAUACCCUUCUGGCCAUCCGGGCCCCGUCGGGCACCAGCCUCGAGGUGCCCAUCCCAGAGGGCCUCAAUGGACAGAAGAAGUACCAGAUUCACCUGAAGAGUGUGAGUGGCCCCAUCGAGGUGCUGCUGGUGAACAAGGAGGCGUGGAGCUCCCCACCUGUGGCAGUGCCUGUGCCGCCACCGGAAGAUCUGCUCCAGAGCCCUCCUGCCGUCUCUACCCCUCCGCCUCUGCCCAAGCCUACCCUGGCCCAGCCCCAGGACGCCUCACGCCCAAGCAGUCCCCAGCUGACCACCCCCGCCCCUGUCCCUGGCAUCACCGAAGCCCAGGGGGUGCCCGGUCCAGCAGCUGAGAUCACAGUGAGCGGUGGCCCUGGACCGGACAGCAAGGACGGUGGGGAGCUCAGCUCCCUGCCCCCAGGCCUGGCAGCCCUGGACACCCGGCCGCUGCAGUCCUCCGCCCUGCUGGACGGCAGUAGCGGCCCAUCCGGACCCAACCCUUCUACCUCCUUUGAGCCCAUCAAGGCAGACCCCACAGGAGUUCUGGAACUCCCCAGAGAGCUGUCAGAAAUCUUUGAUCCCACACGAGAAUGCAUGAGCUCAGAGCUGCUGGAGGAGCUGAUGUCCUCAGAAGUGUUUGCCCCCCUCCUCCGCCUUUCUCCACCCCCUGGAGACCACGAUUACAUCUACAACCUGGACGAGAGUGAAGGUGUCUGUGACCUCUUCGAUGUGCCUGUUCUCAACCUCUGACUGACAGGGACAUUCCCUGUGUGGCUGGGACACAGACUGUGUGACCUGGGGGCUGCCUGAGGACCUCCCCCACUCUACCCCUACACAGCUUGAGAGCCACAGACUCCUGGCUUCCCCAGCCUUCCCUCACUGCAGUUCUGACCACGACUCCCACUCCUGCACGAGCACCUGUACCGUGCUAGGAAAGCAGGGGAAAGGGGCUCAGACCCCUUCACCAUAGAGCCAGAGUGUUUGCCUCUCCUUUUCUGGGGCUUUCCCCCACCUCAUGCCCUCUCAGAGCCCAGGCUCGGCUGCCACUCAGUGGCACAGAACUGAAGACCUGCCAUCAUCUGCAUAGGGCAGCUUGUCCAGCCCCACUGCCCUGUUGCAGCCAAUGCCUCCCACUCUGAGGAGGGAAGCCUAGGGUGGAGCCAGACGCUUGCCAGCACCACCCCUAGCCUCCUUCACUUCUCCCCACCCCUGACCCUGCAGCUCCCCCUGGGCCUCUCCCCUGUACCCCCCAUCUGCUGGGCCCUUAGCCCAGAGUACCUAUAGGUGGGGUGGGGGGUGGGGUGGGGGGCUGCUAACAGGAAGGAACAGAGAGGUCUUUAGCUAGAAAUCUGGACGGGUGAGCCCCUGAGGAUUGGCCCAAUCUCCUGCUGCCCUGUAGCCCCCCCCCCUUGUUUAUUCAUUUGCCCUCAUUUAGAGCCAUUUGCAGAGAUUUAGAAAGAUUUGCAGUAACGAACGGAUUCCUAUAUAAAGAUUAUUUUUAUACUUUUUGCAGCAAAAGGAAAUUGUAAUAUUUGUACAGUAUCCAAGUGAAUAAAGACCAUGCCUAAGGCUA